AUGCCAAACAAUCUAGCUUCGUAUUUCGCCUCUCAUUCAAAUAAAAGCAAUAAUAACAGUGGCAACCGCGUGCCAAUCCCAUACACUCGCAGUAAGAGCAACACAACACAUUACCAAUCCAUAUCAAGCAAGAACCACGAACUUUUGCAAAAGAAUAACAUGCAGAUCCCAGACGAAGACGAAGAUAUGGGUCCCUCCGUGUCAAUGGCAGUCCAAGCUGAUAACGACGAUGAGUUUCAUAAAAAGACUUUUAAUUUGAAGAGAACAAGGUCUCUCGGAUAUCUUCACGAUUCGAAAUCAAAUUUGAACAAUAUUUCAGACUCUUCCGAUGACGAUGAGGACUACACCACACAUGCCAAUACCACAAUGAAUCGCAACCCUACAGCCCACCCCAAUAUACCCUUCCAACUAUUCAAAAACAAUCAUUCAUUCACACCAACUCCAUCUCCAUCUCCUUCGCUUUCAUCUUCCUCAUCAUCAUCACGCUCACCCUCUGUAUCCUCCCCUGGUGUUCCAAUACAAAGAUUAAAUUCAGACUCAUAUAUCCCCUCUGCAUCCACGUCGCCUCCUCCAGCUGAUAACGAUACUUUAUUGAUACCACAAGAUGAUAACGAUGUAGUAAGAGAACCAGAAAGACAUGUCGAUUAUCUAUCACAUCAUUGGAACGAGUACGAAAUUUCAAAUUCUUGGAAAUAUAUCGUUUUGAAGAAAAAGAAAAGAAACGUUCAAGAUGAAGUCAACUCGGCAAGAUUGGAAAACGCUUCUUGGAGAACUUGGGCAAAGGCAAGGAAUAAUUUACAAACAGUAUCGCCGGAAAUCGUAAAUUGGUCCAAAGAUUCAGAUGUCACUUGGCUUUAUGGUCCCGUUGUCACCGAUGAUCAAUUAGAAUUACAUCAUACUUCUUCAGAGAAAAAUAUUUCAAAUACAACAACUUCAACUUCAAUGGAAUUAUUAUACGGUGCCGACGACAAGAGAUUGCAAAAAAACAAAAGUAAUGCUAAUACCAAUCCAAAUGUCAAAUUAAAGCCAAUCUUAAAGAAAAGAACAGUCACGGAAAUCAUUGAAGAAAACGCUCUUUGGAAAUUGAACGAGGCAAGAAAACAUUUUAAUGAAAUGAGACACACAACAGUGGUUAUGGAUCCAAAUGGUCCUGCAAAGGAUCCUCAUGAAGAUUACAAUUUCUUGGCGGGUAAAAUCAACGCCCAAUAUUAUUCCCCCAUUACCAAGAAUAAUACUCAAGACCAAAUAGUACUACAAGAUGUAAUACCGACAACCGCGCCAAAACUAUCCACUCCUUCUUCUUAUACAAAUUUAAGAAGCGUAGCGUCUGCCGCAGCUCUAUUAGAAGGAAAUAAUGAUAAUCUUUUCCAAACCACAAACAUCAACAACAACGUCCCCAUCAUGAACUUCAUGAACCCAAAAAGAUCAACCACUCCCACUAAUGAUAAUGACAUUAAUGCCGCCGCCACCACCACUACUACUACUACUACUAUUCAAACGACUAAUGACAAUGAUAAAUCUGCAAUUACUCCUUCAUCAAUAAGAAACGAUUCUAAUAUUGCUAAUUCCAAUUCUAAUUCUAAUAACAAUCUUAAUUCUAAUCUUAAUAAUACUACUAAUACUAAUAAUAACAAUAAUAAUAAUUAUAAUAACCCCAACUCUAAUGACAAUGACAAUACAAACACUCCAGACGAACCCAUACUACCAUCGAUUCUGACAACUUCGUCAAAUAACAACAAUAAUAAUGUCCAUAAUGAAAGCAUAGCUUUAUCAAAGGAUAGACAUAUUCAUUUCAAUGAUAGAGUGGAACAAUGUGAAGCAGUCAAAUAUUCAAGCUCAGAUACAUUAUCACAAUUAAACUCUUCUUCUUCAAUUGAUUCUUUAAAUAAUUAUUCAAAUAACAAUGAUAGUUAUUUCACUUUACCCAAAAAGCAUAAUAAUAAUUCCAUGCAAACCCAUCAGUCUUCUUCUUCCUCAGAUGAUGACGAUGAUGAUCAAGAUGAUGAGGAUAGUGGGUUAUUCAUUAAUGCAAGAUUUUCAAGAAGAUUUGAUUCAUCAAUUCAUUCUCCAUUAACCGAUAACACUUCCACAACUUCUUCGAGAUCAGCAAAUAAUCCAACUGGUAAUAAUUUAAUCACUCAAUUACACCCAAUAAUUAAAUUAUUACCUGCAACCACUUUAAAUUAUGGUUCAGAUGAAGAAUCAGAUAGUGAUUAUAGUGGUUACAGGAAUGCAGAAUCUCACAACGUUAAUACCUAUAGAGGUUACGAUUACAUGUAUGAUUAUAAUUCAGUUUAUACCGGUGAUACUUCAAGUUUCUUACCAAUGGAUCAUUCAGGUAUCAUUGAUAUUCCAGAAGGUAUUGAUUUACAACAUACAAUGAGGAACGAUAGUAUUGCAAGUAAUUAUUCAAAUUAUGAUAAUUCUCUUACAAACACUCCUAUACUAAGUAAUUCUAAUCAAUUGCUUACAAAUAAUAAUAAUACUAAUAAUAAUAACAGCAAUACUUUGAGUAACGAUGCUGUAACAACACCUCAAGCAAAUCUUCCAAUAUCAAAUCGUAGUUUCACUUUCAUGGAUAGUGAUGAAGACACAGAUAUGAGUACUCCAAGUGACUUAGAAGACGAAUCUGGAAGUUAUUCCGGUUCUGAAGGAAAUCAACAAUUCAUUGAACAUUCACAAGAACAAAGUUCAGAUGAUGAUAGUGAUGAUGAAGCUGACGGUUAUAACAAUAACAUGGGUCUUGGUUUGAAAAGAACAGUUUCUUUGGGGAAAUCAAUGGGUAAUAAUUCAUUGAAGGAUUUAACUCAAAGUGUUUCAGUGGCUUCAUUCACUGAUAAUUCAAGAACUCAUAGCUUUAUAACUGGUAAGCUAUUGAACUCACCCAUCACAAAUCCAACUACUGCUACAACUAACGAUAAAUAUAAUAUAUCCCAUUCAAACUUAAAUAGUUUAGCAGGUUCCAUCCCAACAAGAUCCUCUCCUCUAGUAUCUACAGUUAAGAAAACAAUUAGAAAGCCAAUUGUUCCAAAGAGAACAGUAUCAUCAUCAAGUUUUAUAUUUGCAUCAGAUAGUGAAGACGAAGAUGAUGAAGAUGAAGACGAUAAUGAAAAUAAAAGUAAUGAUGGACUUGUGAAAGAGACAAUCAAUAAUACCAAUACAAAUGGUGGUCAGCUGAUGGGAUCAAUAAAGGACACCAUCGGGUUUAUUGAUAAUAAUGAAGAUUUAAUGAGUAAUAGUAUAUCAGUCUCUUAUUCAAGUAUCCAUAAAGAUUUGUUGUCAAGAUCAUCACAAAACCUAACUCAAGGAAUGACCUCAGAUAAUUUUUUAUUGCCUUCUCAUACUCCGAAUUCGACACCAAUUUCUUCAUUAAAUAAUUCCACUAUUUCAAAGGGGCUUUAUUCAACUAAUGGAAAGACAGAUUCAGAUAUCCAUAAAAAGUAA